AUGGAUGCCCUCGCAGAUGGAAACCACACUGAAGUGACACAAUUCAUUUUAUUGGGCUUAAUUGAUGACCCGAUCCUUCGAGUCAUUCUCUUCAUGAUCAUCCUGUGUAUCUAUCUAGCGACAAUAUCUGGCAAUCUCAGCACAAUCAUUCUUAUCAGAAUCUCUUCUCAGCUCCAUCAGCCUAUGUAUUUUUUUCUGAGCCACUUGGCUUUUACUGACAUGGGUUUAUCAUCUACUGUCACACCCAAUAUGCUUGUAAGCUUCCUGGUGGAGAGAAAUACCAUCUCCUAUUUUGGAUGUGGCAUCCAGCUUAGUUUUGUUGCUUUCUUUGGGACAAUUGAGUGCUUCCUUCUGGCUGCCAUGGCCUAUGAUCGCUUUAUGGCAAUCUGCACCCCAUUGCUUUAUUCCACCAAAAUGUCCAGAGAAGCUUCUGUUCAGUUGCUCACAGUGGCUUACGUAGGUGGUUUUCUCAAUGCUUUGACCGUUAAUAUAUCCUUCUUUACUUUACUCUUCUGUGGACCAAACAGAGUCAAUCAUUUUUUCUGUGAUUUUGCUCCUUUAGUUGAACUCUCUUGUUCUGACGUCAGUAUCUCCGCAGUUCUUCCCUCAUUUAUUGCUGGCUCCAUCAUUGUGAUCACAGUGUUUGUCAUAGCCUUCUCCUACGUCUACAUCCUCAUCAUCGUCCUGAAGAUGCGCUCCACUGAGGGGCGCCAGAAGGCCUUCUCCACGUGUGCCUCACACCUCACAGCAGUCACUCUGUACUUUGCAACCAUCACAUUCAUUUAUGCAACCCCCAAGUCCUGUUACUCAACUGACCAGAACAAAGUGGUGUCUGUGUUCUACAUGGUGGUGAUCCCCGUGUUGAACCCCCUCAUCUACAGUCUCAGGAACAAUGAGAUUAAGGGGGCUCUGAAGAGAGAGCUUGCUAGAAAAAUAUUUUCCUAG